AUGGACGUAGUAAAGCAAUAUACGGAUCAGUUCGAGAAGACGCUCGACCAGGUCGCAGGGCCAAUCAAGCCGUGGCUGCCUGCAAUAGCUCGGUUCUUGUUGGUUGUGACGUUCUUGGAGGAUUCGUUGAGGAUUAGCACGCAGUGGUCAGACCAGAUUUUCUACCUGCAACGGCAUAGGGGCUUCCCAUGGUUGACGGCGGAAGUGUUCCUAGCCCUAAACGUGAUAGUAAUGACCGUCGGCUCGAUCAUGGCCAUCGCAAAGAAGCACACCGAGGUCGCCGUUGGUGGUCUCGCCCUCGUCAUCGUCUCCCAAUCGAUCGGCUACGGCCUCAUCUUCGACUCCGGUUUCUUCUUCCGCAACAUGUCUGUCGCCGGCGGCCUCCUGAUGCUCCUCGCCGACUCGCUCGCGGGCAAGCGAAGAACCAUCUUUGCGGGCCUGCCGUCGCUGAACGAGACGGAUAAGGCGACGUACCUGCAAUUGUUUGGCCGGAUCUUGCUCGUGGGCUUGUUCCUCAGUUUCCUGCUUGCGGGAGAGUUCUCGGCGCUUCGUGUGAUUGUUACUGCGUUUGCGUUCGUCUCGUGUGUCAUGGUUGUCGUGGGAUUCAAGGCGAAGUGGUCGGCUUGGGUUUUGAUCUCGGUUUUGUCGAUCAGUAAUGUUGUGCUGAACAACUGGUGGAACUUGCACCAUAACCACCCACAACGCGACUUCCUGAAAUACGACUUCUUCCAAACCCUCUCCAUCAUGGGCGGUUUCCUGCUCCUCACAAACCUCGGACCUGGUGGUCUCUCCGUCGACGAAAAGAAAAAAGCCUUCUAA